AUGCAACCUGAAGACCAUGACAGAUAUGCAGCCGUGUACUGUCGGUUAGUAUCGAGUCAGUUGGGUGUGACAGACUGGCGGCACCCGAUACCAAGAGACUUGAUAGAUUAUGAGGCAGUGCGUUUCGUGUUCCAGCAGCCAUGGCUAAUUGAAAAAACACACAAAGCACUUCAGACGGCUAGUGUUGAUCCAUCUGUGGAACAAUUGGUGGAGGGUGAGCUAGAAGACGCCUUAAAAUUGGCUGAAAAGCAAAGACGGCUUGCGAAAAGAAAACAACUCUCGAUUCCAGGGAAGCUUAGGGCUAGACAUAUGUUAGCAAAGGGUGAAGAUAAAAGUCAGACAGGUUCAGAAAUGAGCGCGGAGAUGUUACUCCUUCAGGGAUGGAUGGAGUUAUAUAAGGCACGUGUUCAGUGGGCAAGGAAGGAGAACUACGCUUGGUGGUUGUCACAAGGAAGAACUCUGCCAGUCGAAGCGUAUGAAGCGGUUCAACGCCUUCGGCCGUUGGUUGGUAAAGACAAGAAGGUAAAAGCUGGCUUUGGUGAUCAACUCGUGGAAAUUGGGGAGGAUUUGGUACAGGCCUUUACUCGCCUGCCUCAUCAAGAGAUUAUGGAGGGGAUUUCAUCGAAAACGGAAACCUGGCGCCAAACGAAGCACUCCAACGAUAGAAAUAUCUCCCCCAGAAUACCAUCGGACUGA